UCCUCAGACGAGACGCCGACCAGCGCCGCGCGGCUCGUUGAAGUCCAUUUUUGCUCAUCUUUGCCAAAAUUCCAUUUGUUUGUGUGUCUUUGUUUUUGUCUGCUUCGCGUGUGGGCGCCACAGCUAAGGCCGCGACAAAAGAAGCGCAGAAAAGUCGUCCUCGUCCAGCGAUGAACCACACAUCGAUGCAUACGGACCACACCCACCACCACCACGAGCACGCCGUGAUGGCCACGCCCUCGCCCACCGUGGGUCACGACCACGGGGACGGAGCCGACAGAGGCGGGCACGGGGGGCACGGAGGCAUGGCGAUGACCUUCUACUUCGGCUACCAGCACGUGGAGCUGCUCUUCAGCGGGCUCCUCAUCAACUCAGCCGGAGAGAUGGUGGGCGCGUGCACGGGCGUCUUCCUGUUGGCCGUCCUGUACGAGGGUCUGAAGGUGGGCCGCGAGGCGCUGCUGCGUCGAAGUCAGGUCAACGUGCGCUACAACUGCAUGCCGCUGCCCGGCGCCGACGGCACGGUCCUCAUGGAGACGCACAAGACUGUCGGGCAGAGGAUGCUCAGCCCCGCCCACUUCCUGCAGACGCUGCUGCAUAUCGUCCAGGUGGUGGUCAGCUACUUCCUCAUGUUGGUCUUCAUGACGUACAACGCGUACUUGUGCAUGGCGGUGGCGGCGGGCGCGGGCGCCGGCUACUUCCUGUUCAGCUGGCGCAAGGCGGUGGUGGUGGACAUCACGGAGCACUGUCAUUAAAUUCCCGUCACGGACGCUUCCUGUCGUCGGCCGACCGACUUUGCCGCGUGGUCGGAAGUCGUACGUAGCUUUGCACGGCCGACUCGGGAAGCGUACAUUGUCUUACUGGUUAAUUAUGUUCACCAAGAGCGUUUAUUAAUUGUCUUUUUUUUUUUUUUUAGUCCCGUGACACCCGAAGCUAACACUAACUGGCUAGCUGCUCCUCGUGUAAAUGUCAGCAUAGCGCGCAACAUUUUAUCUCCUGUUUAGCAUCUCCGUCUGAUACGAUCGGACCGACUCAUUUGUCAUUUGGGGGGUUUUAGCGACGUCAUGAAAAGACGUGAAACCAAAAUGUUUACUUUUUGGGGAGCCGUCGGACGAUCAAACGGGCCUUAAGCACACAAGUUGCCUUAACGUGGCUGACAAGCGCGUCUCGUUUACGUUCUACGUUGUCGUUUGAAAGGCGCCACAAAUUUUCAUCUUGUUGUUGUUGAGUGACCAAUCGGAAAUAAAGUUUGGAUGUGUCGCCCCUGCC